GCCCGGCCCGCCUGCGAGGCCCUCCGGUCCGCCAGGCGGAGGUGCGGCGUGGGGGCGGCGCGCGGCGGUCUCCCAGCCGCCCCACUUCGACAGCAUGUUCGGCCUCUCGUUCCGGGACCCGUCCCUGUUCCUUGCCAUCACCGUCAUCGGGGUCACAGUGCUCCUGUUCGUCCUGAAAAACAUGAACUCAGGGAAGAGACCUCUUAUCACCUUACAGGACCCUGAAACCAAGUACCCACUGCCCUUGAUUGAGAAAGAGCAAAUCAACCACAACACCUGGAGGUUCCGCUUUGGACUGCCCUCGCCAGACCACGUUUUAGGGCUUCCUGUAGGUAACUAUGUCCAUCUCUUGGCCAUAAUUGACGGUGAUAUGGUGGUCAGAGCUUAUACACCUGUGUCCAGUGAUGAUGAUCGAGGCUUUGUGGACUUUAUUAUAAAGAUCUACUUCAAAAACGAACACCCUAAUCAUCCAGAAGGGGGGAAGAUGACUCAGUACUUGGAGAACAUGAAAAUUGGGGACACCAUCCUUAUUCGAGGGCCAACUGGGCGCCUGUUCUAUCAUGGGCAAGGGAAGUUUUCAAUCAAACCACACAAAACGAGUGAGCCUGAAAAAAAACUGGCCCAUCACCUGGGAAUGAUUGCUGGGGGCACAGGGAUUACCCCCAUGCUGCAGCUCAUUCGCCACAUCACCAGGAACCCCAGUGACAAGACCACGAUGUCCCUCAUCUUUGCCAACCAGACAGAGGAGGAUAUCUUGGUGAGAAAGGAGCUUGAAGAAAUUGCCAGAACUCACCCAGACCAGUUCAACCUCUGGUACACCCUGGACAGGCCUCCUGUUGGCUGGAUGUACAGCUCAGGCUUCAUUACUGCUGACAUGAUCAAGGAGCACCUCCCGCCUCCUGGGAAGUCCACGUUCAUCCUGGUGUGUGGCCCUCCAGGCCUGAUCCAGACAGCCGCUCACCCUAACCUGGAGCAACUGGGUUAUACCAAGGACGAGAUUUUCACCUACUAACACCUCCCUCGCUCUUAGCAAACUUCCCUGGUCCCUUUCCUCUGUUUCAAAGUGAGUUCAGUUUCAGCAUGUUAAACUGGGAUGCGUUCAAAAGUGCCCCGUGGUGCACCGGUGGGCACGCUGGCGCUUGUUUCUUUUGGGUGAGGACCUAAGAAGAAGGGCUCAAGGGGCUGGAGAGAAAGUGGAUUCUGACAUCUCCUUGCUUGAGAGGCUUGAAGGAACUCCAUUUCAGUAUCUUUUUCCAUAGUUUAGUGAAAUAAACUUCAGUACAAAGCAGUCAGCCCA